UCCCCCGACCAAAAGAUUCCCACGGGCUCGCCGCUCGCAUCUCGCCAGCGCGAACGCAGCCUCCGUGCAUAUCACCAGCCUCCUCGCGCACCCGGUCCCGCUUGCCUUUCCCCACCUACUCGCCGUCGCGGUGCCGUGCGCCGGUGCUGUUCAGUCUAGGGUUUCGGCCCUCGCCCGCCGAUCCGUCCCCCCGCCGGCCAUGUCGAAGCAAGGAGGGAAGGCCAAGCCGCUGAAGGCGCCCAAGGUCGACAAGAAGGAGUACGACGAGAGUGAUCUUGCUUAUUUGCAGAAGAAAAAAGAUGAGGAAAAGGCGCUGAAGGAGCUGAAGGCCAAGGCACAGAAGGGCGCAAUUGGAGGCUCGGGUCUCAAGAAAAGUGGAAAGAAAUGAGCAUUGCCCACCCACCCAUCUCCAAAACACCUAAGAGAACGAUAAGACAGCUGCUUAUCUGUGUUGCGCUUCACUAUAUGAUAUAUGUGGCUGUGAGACAAUGUUGCCUCUUGUAUUCCGUGUUUCGCGGUGUUCCAGUUGGUUUGCUUGAUCCGAAGAUGUUUCAGCCUCUCAUCUGCUAGCUUUGAUACACGAGUUAUUUGCUAUUAUGAUAUUCAUUUGAAGUGGAUUCUUCGGCA